AUUAACUUAAGAUGUCCAUCGAUCUAUCGCUCGAGAGGAUCCGACAAAUUUUUCGUCUACUUCUUCAUUAUACUCGUCCGACUAUCCAUAUUGCCGGUACAAAUGGGAAGGGCAGUGUUUGUGCGCUUGUCUACUCCAUUUUACGAACUGCUACACCUCCCUUAUCCGUUGGACGUUUCAAUAGUCCCCACUUAGUUUCGGUGUAUGACUCGAUCGUAAUCGACGACAAACCCGUAUCUCAGGAGGAUUUCGAGUCGGUAAGAUCCCACAUCCAAUCAGUCGGCACAAAACACGAGAUAGAAGUCAGUAACUUCGAGUUACUGACUCUUAUUGCCCUCGUAAUUUUUGAAAGGGCCAAGGUUGAUUUUGUGGUAUUGGAAGUUGGGAUGGGAGGACGACUGGAUGCUACCAAUGUAAUACCAGACUCGAGUGUCGUGGCAUCAGCAUUGACCUCAGUGGAUUUAGAUCAUCAAGCUUUUCUGGGUAAUACCGUGUCUGCUAUUACCAAAGAAAAAGCAUCAAUAGCGCGGCGAGGCAAACCUUUUGUUCUUGGAGCUCAAAAGCACGCUGAAGUCGAGAGGGUUUGCAAAGAAGUUGUUGCUGAGAAUGGAGGAGAACUUUGCAUUGCUGCGCGUGUGGCUGAACGACAAUGGGAGGAACUAUUCGAUGGACCUCGUCCACCUUGCUUCUCACUGUCUUCAUCGGACCUGUGUCUUCCCACCCCUCGGCCAGUAUCACUCAACCUUUCCUGUUUUCCGAACCCUGUACGCGCACUGUUUCCCUUAAACGGUGACCAUCAACUCGACAAUUUGGGUGUGGCUGCUACUAUCAUUUCCUUGCUCAUUUCCUGUCCGUAUAACCCCUUGACAAAGCGACUACAACCUGCCGCGAUCUCGCGUGGUGUUGCAAAUGUUAAUUGGCCGGGAAGACUGUCUUUUCAUGUUCUCGCAACGCCCAACCUCUUUGUGUUAGUCGACGGCGCACAUAACCCCGCAUCCGCCGAGACCUUGUCACGAUACAUUCAUUGGCUUUGUGGAAUGGUGAAAACAGAUGCACAUACCACAAUCUGGAUAACUUACAUCUUGGCGCUCUCCCACUCACCACCAAAAUCCCCACUUCAGACCCUGUCUUCCAUGUUACCACCCGCACAGGUAGAUGAUCCACAUGUCGAGAUCAAGUUCCGGGUAGCAGCGUUGACAUUCACUCCUCCAGAGGGCAUGCCAUGGGUCAAGUCGGUUCCGCCGUCAGAGAUACACGAUGCUGUUAAAGCUAUUGACCCUGCCACCGAUGUUUGGAUGCCUGGAGACGGUGAAGAUUCUGCGCUUACUCAGGCCUUACAAUGGGCUCCCGGGCUGCGGGACGAGCGCCAACUGGUGGUUGUAGCCGGUAGCCUGUAUCUCGUGGCCGAUUUUUAUCGCGAAUUACAUUCAAGAAUCAAAAAGUAGCGCGGCAGAAAAUUUCACAGCAAUAACUUAUGUUCAAAAGCCUCCAUAACACAAGUUCCUGCAAAAGCAUCGCAAAAAGCCAUGAUUGUUUCUCCCCGUGAGAUAGGUGUGUUGAUGAGUUCAAGUUGGGACCUAUCCAAUACGAGGCAGGAGUGUUUAUCGACAGUGACCGUGACUGUCGGCCUGUUGACUCCUGCAAUGAUGGUUGAGAGCUACUAAUAUCCUUUCUGGUGGUCAUACUGGGCACUUUGCCCUUCCCUUCACCCCCCAGGUUGAAACCCGCCCAUUUCCCCUCUAUCCCUGCCAACUCUCUCUUCAGCCUCCUUGGGUCCUUCUCGCGUUCCAAGGAUAGGCGAUAGAACUGUGUAGAUGACAACCGUAAACACCUGCAAUCUGUGGCGGAAACUUGCAACACAAACAUCAACUCUUCAUUUGUGGGAUCUAAUAAGCGCCGAUCACAGGCUAGAACUUACCGAGAAAUCCCACAAGGCCACCUUAAUUGCACACUCUACUUAGUCGUAACAGAGACACAGUACACGAGGGCUAUGAGAGUCCAUUCAUGGACUUGCCCACUCGGAGUGAAUAGAGGAUUACUCUUCCUUCGACUCGAAUCAGCCUGUGGUGGUUUGAACUUCGCCAAUAAUGCCUGCGUACUAAGUACAAGCUCGACCUGCACGAGAUAUCCGCAUUUUCGCUUGUCGCAGACAAAUCGAAAUCAGAAGCAAC